GUCAGUCGGCCGUUGCUGUUCGUAGCGGCGGUUGAAAAAUGAAAAAUGUCCAUCGUCAGAUUCGGUGAACUAUCGGUGCCUUUCUUUAAUAAACUGUCCUUUUCAUUAACAAAACAACACAAUAAACAAUGCAGGAGACAGUGGCGGUAGUCGGCGUGCGUCCGGCCGUUAGAGGACUCUGAGUCCGGCUGAAGCAGAUGGGCUCCUCGGUGGGUGAAAGGCGGAAGACUGCGCAUCAACAGCCCAAACCGAAGAUGCUACACAGCUACAGCCGCUAGCCAGCUAACUGUUCGUUCCAGGAUGCAGGACAACGGGAACCGCCCGAGCAGGAUUUAAGAAGAACAGAAGAAACGUUUCGAUUGACGGCAUCAUACUUUAUGGAGCCACAACAGGACGGCUUGAACUGAGACAGCUUCAAUAUUUGUCUAAACGCAGCACUCAUUGAACCUCAGGAUGGCGAGCAGGAGGAAAUCCACCACACCCUGCAUGGUCCCUCGAGAACCCCUCGACUCGGAUCAGGAGAUGGAGGAUGUGACGGAUGCAGCGGAUCCAGGGGACAGCAACGGCGUGGCCAUGGCCUCCUCCGAGGUUUUAGAGGAGCGAGACGAGGAGGCUGACGGCAGGCCUGAAGGGGCCUCGGAUGCCUAUCUGGACCUGAACACAGCCGAGGGAGGAUACGAGUGCAAGUACUGCAGCUUCCAGACGUCAGAGCUCAACCAGUUCACCAUGCACGUGGACACAGAGCAUCCCGACGUCAUCCUGAACACCUCCUACGUCUGCAUGGAGUGUGACUACCACACCAAGAGCUAUGACACGCUGCUGGCCCACAAUGCUCGGCUGCACCCAGGCGAGGACAACUUCACGCGGACGAUGGUGAGACGAAACAACGAGACUAUUUUCCAGCAGACAGUCAACGACCUCACCUUCGACGGCAGCUUUGUCAAAGUGGAGGACGACGAGGCGGAGGACAUGUCCCGCAAAGGCAUCGCCCUCAGCAAGACGCCCAUCAUGAGGAUCAAGAGCCGGCCAGAGCCCAAGAAGUUCGCCACGCAAAAGAUGGCUGUUGACGACGUCAUCAAAGUGGAGAGCGACGACGAGGACGUCGAGAACAAGGAGCCGCCAACACUGUCACCCGCCCCGAUGACCCCAGCCGCCGCCGUCGCCCCUCACCUCAUCCCCGUCUCCACACCAGUGCAGGUCCAGGCUGUCCCUCAGAGCAUCGUGGUCAACAGCCCCAACGUGCUGCAGAUCAAAGGCUCCGGUGGCGGUGCUGUCCUGCCUCCAGGGACGCUGGCCCAGGUUCUGUCGGCGCUGCAGAACCAGCAGAACAACAGUCAGACGCAGACGCAGCUCCUCAUCCCCAUCAGCAGCAUCCCCACCUACAACACCGCCAUGGACAACAAUGUCCUGCUGGUCAGCGCCUACAACAGGUUUCCGUAUCCCUCAGUGUCGGAGAUCAUGGGCUUGUCAUCGCAGACCAAGUUCAGCGAGGAGCAGAUCAAAGUCUGGUUUUCUGCUCAGAGGCUCAAACAUGGAGUCAGCUGGACGCCAGAGGAGGUGGAGGAGGCGAGGAGGAAGAAGUUCAACGGCACCGUACAGACCGUCCCUCAGACCAUCACCGUCAUCCCCGCCAACAUUGCUGCAGCCACUAAUGGCCUGCAGUCCAUCUUCCAGACCUGCCAGAUUGUCGGACAGCCGGGUCUCGUCCUCACUCAGGUGGCCGGUAACGGCAGCACCGUGCCGGUCACUUCUCCCAUCACCCUGACAGUCGCGGGCGUCCCCGGCAACCAGCCCAAAGCUGCCGAACCCUCAACGUCCGAAUCGAAGACUGAGAUGUCGGGUGCAUCGGCCAGCACAUCACUUGGUUUGGACGCAGCAACAACCAAACCGAAGAAGUCCAAAGAGCAGCUGGCAGAGCUGAAGGCGAGCUACAGCCGGAGGCAGUUCGCCACCGAGGCGGAGAUAUCACGGCUCAUGCAGGUCACCAAACUCUCCAAACGAGCAAUAAAGAAGUGGUUCAGUGACACACGCUACAACCAGAGGAACUCCAAGGAUCACCACAGCCUGCUGCUGAACGAAGCCUCAUCCGGCAGAGCUGCGGGAACCGGUGGAGGUCGAGGGGGGAGAAACAGCAGCAGCGGCAGUCUUCCCGACAGCAACAACAGCGACAUCACCGCCACCACAACUGCCACCACCAUUGUCAUCGACUCCAGCGACGACGCCAGCGACUCCUCCCCGACUUCCGCCAACGCUCCGGGUUCAGCCGGGCUCACCAGCGACCCACGUGUCAAAUUCCGCCACGCCUUCCCAGACUUCACGCCGCAGAAAUUCAAGGAAAAGACUCCAGAGCAGCUGCUCAUCCUGGAAGCCAGCUUCCAGAAAUCAGACACGCCCUCAGACGAGGAGCUGAGCCGGCUGCGGGCUAAGACGAAGCUGACGAGACGCGAGGUGGACGCCUGGUUCACUGAAAGGCGGAAAAUGCCCUCAGGAGCGCAGUUAAGAGACAGCGAUGGGGAAGGUGAUAGUGAGAACAUAAAGCCGGCUGACGCUCCUUCGGCUCAGGAGCGACAGACCACCCCACCAAUCUGCAGGAAGGUGCUGAAGAAGACACCAGAGCAGCUCCACAUCCUGAAGAAGGCCUUUGUCUGCACACAAUGGCCGACAUCGGAGGAGUACGACCAGAUGGCAGAGGAGAGCGGCCUGCCAAGGACGUACAUCGUCAACUGGUUUGGAGACACUCGCUACGCCUGCAAGAACAGCAACCUGAAGUGGUACUACCUCUACCAGAGUGGAAAGGUGGACGAGGCGCUGAAUGGCGGAGCAAAGAGCCAGAAGAAGUCCAGGAAGCGUUUUCGUGGUUGGUCCAGAAGGACACGGCGGCCAUAUCCCUGCAAACGUUCACCACAGGGGGGUGCCAGUGCCAUCAAGGUGAAGUCUGGUAAGACGUUUCUGAAGGACUACUACCUCAAGUAUCGAGCCCUGAACGAGAAAGACCUGGACGACCUUGUGACAAAGUCCAGCAUGAGCUACGAGCAGGUGAGAGACUGGUUCUCCGAGACUGCCAGGAGGGAGGAGGAGGGCAAGGAGCCCUUCAGCGACGAGGAGGCCGAGGGAGACGAGGGGGAGGAGGAGGACGAGGAUGAAGAAGACGAGGUGGCGGCGGAGCAUGCAGACAGCGAAGGGGAGAUGGAGGUGAAGGAGCAAGGAGAGGAGGCAUCGGAGGAAGAGAAGGACGACGCCGAAGAGGAAGAAGAAGACGGGCAAACGAUCCAGGAGGAAUCUGAGGGGGACAGCCAAUCAUAGCCUGAUGCAGAGGAGCAGACAUGAGCAGAAUUUGAUUCCGCCACUGCGCAGAUCAGGUGGAGGAUGCUGUAUGUCAGUGCUUCUCAGCUGGCAGCUCGGGACCCAAAGACGCCCGCAAGAAGCUCAGACAGAUAACGUGUCGUCAUACGGCAGGGUUGUGCCUUCGAAAACGAACUUUGGGUUGUGAUGCAGCUGAGAAUCACUGAGCUCAAGGAUUUAGUUUGUUCUGGUGAUGAACUGUGGGGACCAAACUUGCCAUACAGGAAAACAAAUGCCUUUUACCAAGCACCACGAGUGUAAGUUCCAGCGCUGCUCCGUGAAACAACGAGGCUUUUAUUUUGGUGAGAAUGACUGGGCUUUUUUGUCAAUUUUCUUACAAAAUCAACAUUUGUUUAAAGGAAGAAGAGGCAAGACCUGUUGUGGUUCCUCAUUAUCAAAAUAACAUUUUUAAGAAUAAUAAAGGAACCAUCAGACAUUUUUCUCAAGGGAACGUCCUCGGCUCAAACCCAACGACGAGAACACGUCGCUGUUCUAAAGGUUUUUAAAAACCACAGAUUUUUGUGAAUAGACAACUCAGAUUAGUGCCAUUCUGUUUAUAGGUUUGUUUCAAAUAAAAAAAAAGAAAACCAAAAAAAACAGUGCUGGAAUGAAUUCCACAUCAAUGUUUUAACUUUUUGUAUUUUUUCCAAGUGAUUUGUUAGUUAACAACAUGUAAUGGAAACUGAAUCCAUUAUGCUGUUAUGAUGCUAUUAUGAGUUCUUUUGAAAAUGGUGAUAAUUUCCAUGUUUGCAGGUGUUUGGGUCCAUUCAGUUUCAAUGACAUCAAUUCAGUCUGUGAACCAAAGAGCCUCAAACACUGAAGGAUGGAAUUAAAAUGGGAGACGUGAUGGGAAUCCAGCAGAGCCAAAUGUUAAAGGGAGAAUCCACAUUAAAACACAGCGUAGAAGGUAUUAUCCCCAACACAGUGGACCGAAAUGUAGAAGAAGUAAAUGAAAACUUCGACAACAGCCAAUCUCAUAUUUAAUUUUUGAUUCUAGCAUCAAUAAUUAGUUGUUAAAAAUCCAACAACAAUAAUGUCAUGACUGAUAUAAACAAACAUUUUAAUGUUUUUUAAAGACAUGAAUUAAUUAAUUCUCAAAUAUAUGUGGCAUUUCUGAACUAGUGUUUCUUUGGCCAGUAAAUCCUCCUUUCAUGAAGCUUCUAAUGUUUAGUUUGUUUAAAUCCUCCAAAAUGACCAUCACCUCUUUAUGGUUUAGUUUUUAAUGCUGUUGAACUACAUUAUUUUGUUCACAAUGCUUAUAGUCAAUCAGUAUCUCCAAAAUCAAACUUUCUUUAUAUCAGAAACACUGUUUAACAGCAGCUUCAUGAAUGGAGGAGUCACUGCAGUACUGUUCUUUAUUUCCUAAAAGUGCUCUAAGUUCUUUGUUAUCACAGUUUAUGGAAAAUAAAGCUUCACAGUUUAUGGAAAAUGGAGAGGAAGGAAAUCAGGUAAAACUAGGAAGUUAUAUAUGAUGGAAGUGAAAACCAGUUUCAUUGAAAGAUGGACAAAAACUCUUAAUUUGGAUUCUUACAAUCAGUAAGAAUCCAAGGUGCUUCAUUUAAUUUCCUUUUAAUGCUUACCUGCACUUUUCACACACAUUUGUACCCAAAUCCCAUGACUGAUGUGUGUAAUUAGUACAAACAACUAAAUAUUGCUGCUCACGUAGAAACUAGUAAUCAGCCCAGUAUUGUAUUAAUGUACACAGCUGGUUAACAUAUGUUGUACAUGUUGCACUUUAAUAAUGUGACUUUAGCUGCUUACUUAGGUCAUGUCUCCUGUGUAAAAGAGAUUUCUGAUCUCUUUUAUGAGAUGUAUUUAUUCAAAUGAAGAUUUGAAUAAGUAAAAAUAGAAGAGUGAAGCACUAUAGAACAAGAAGCAGCAGGUGAAUUUGUAACUACAUGAUUAAUCCAUUUUUAAAAACUGUAUCAGUUUGAGUUUUAAGUAUUUCCCUUUCAGCCACAACGUCGGCCACAACUGCAGACUGCUUCCCAGAGGCAGUUUCACAGCAACAUCCCCUGUACAGAAAAGGCUGUUUGUCCAAAUUACGACUUACUUCUGUAAGAUGUUGCUACACAGGUCAACUGUCAUUUAUGAUGACAUGGCAGUAAAAAAGAUGGUAUCUGAUAAAACCAACUCAAUUUGGCAGUAUUUUCAUAAAGAAAAUGAAAAUAAGAUUAUGUAUAGGUUGUGUCAGAAUAAACAGUUUUAAAACCACGACCUGAGCAACGCAUAACUACUAUUGAAAGUGACUAAAACACGCAAUAUUUUUCAAUAUUUAACAGUUCAAUUUUUGAAUGUGUUCUUACAUUUAGACAAGUCGACAGGUCUAAAUUAAACUACUGUUUCAUCAAGAGAUAUUAAUCUCAUUUCUACUGACCUGUAAAAUGAAGACAAUCAACGUGGCUCAAGUUCUGUCUGAUGAAGAAUUUUUACUCGUCUUUCAAGUUAACUUUUUCACGUGUUUUGAUGAGUUAGGCAUGAAAUAAUGAAGAGAUAGAAGCAAAUAACUCUUAUUUCCUAUGUCAUUAGCACCAAACAGCGCAGGCAUUUACAGUGAAACAGCAGCUAGCAUUUCAAUAUUUAUACGAAAUUAUGCGAAACUAACAAAGUUUUUGAUCAGAAAUGUUUCUUGAAUGGUGGCUUAGAACUUAUACAGCCAGAAUCAUUAUAUCCUUUUUCUGUGAUAUCAGAUAAAGCAGACAGGAUCUCCACAGACUUGUCAAACAGCAUAAAACAUAAAUUAAACACUAAUAUCUUCUGUUCUUGUGGAUUUCCCCUUGAAGACCAAUCUUUACAUUAAAGCUCUGUUAAGUUUCUAAAAAGAAAACAUCCUUCUCUGUUUCAGUGGUUUUUCACGCGGUUACAGAUUUAGUUUUCGUCAUCCUUUCUGUUCCUAAAAUGCUUCCUCUGUUGGCUCACAGUCUCCUCAAACAAUUGGCUGAAUUAACAGAGUUGAUUGACUUGAAAGGGAUUUGAACCCAAACGCUGUUAUUGUCCUUGUCCAAAAAAGAAAAAAAAAAACUACACAAAACAGAGGCAUGUGUGCUCUACUUCAGGAAACAGGCAACUUUACCUCAGUCAGUUAAGCUACGAACUCGGUAAGAUUGUGACAUUUACACUUUACAACAGUUUUCUUUAUCUCGAGGAUUCAAUACUGUAUGCAUGAAAAUCUGAGUACACGGUAAUAAUUGUCUUUCACAUGGCUUUUUUUUUCUUGUGUUUUUAUUUGUCCUCACCACCAAAGUAAAUGAAUCACUUUAAAGAGAGAAAAAAAAAAGAAGACGUAGUUAUUAGUGCAUUUAUUUGCUCAAAUACGGGUGAACUACUAAACAAUAUCUUUCAGGUUUUUCAAAGGAAUUACAGACAAUAUUUUAGGGACAAGAAACCACAAGCAGUUUCUGUGGGAACUUUUUAACUUUUUGUGCAUAGGGGGUAAGGGGGGCACUAAACACUUUUUUUUUUUUUUUUAAUCGGUUGCUUUGCUGCUUUCCUGUGUUUCCCAAACCAUGUAGGACUCUGCUAGGAUAUGCAAACAUCAAAGAACAAUCAGCGGGUGGAGCGGUGGUGGACUCGAAAAUCAAUGUCUCUUCGGUUUCAGUUUUUAAUGAUUUCAUCGGCAACGUUCCCACGUCUCCUCGAGCUCUGUAAUUUUGCAAGGUUAAGUCUUUCUGCCAUUCUUUCAAUUUGCUUUAAUAGCCAACAGUUUUUAGUGGUUAAUUUAUUUAUUAUAUCUGGACUUUCAUGGAUAUCUUUUUUGUCUGCAAGUAAAAAAUAAAAACUUUAAAAAAAAAACAAAAAAAAAAAACAA